GGACGCAUUGCUCGGUCCUGCGACCUGACCUUCCGGGGCCACCAAAGGGGUGAGGGAGAGGCGGGGAGCGCGCACAGGGCGCGACCCCUCCGCACGCCUGCUGCCGGUUCUCCCCGCGCCGGGCGCUCCAGACCCCAGCCCGGGCCUAGGUGGUCCCCGCCCCACGACCGCUGGACGCCCCGUCGGGGCGGGGCGGGGCGGGGUAGACGGGAGGGAGCCGCGCGCGGGCAGAGGGGACGCGCGGGCUCCGCGGCCGGCUCCCCGCACCGUGCACGCGCCGCCGCCUUCCUGAGCUUUUCCAGAAGAUGUCGGGAGCCAUCUUCGUGCCCCUGGAGGGCCUGGGGGCCCCGGACGCCGCGAGCGGCCACCCGCUGGUGUGCCCGCUGUGCCACGCACAGUUUGAGCGCCCGUGCCUGCUGGACUGCUUCCACGACUUUUGUGCCGGCUGCCUGCGGGGCCGCGCCACCGACGGCCGCCUCGCCUGCCCGCUGUGCCAACACCAGACGGUGGUGAAGGGCCCCAGCGGGCUCCCUCCUGUGGAUCGGCUGCUGCAGUUCCUGGUGGACAGCUCAGGGGAUGGCAUGGAGGUGGUGCAGUGUGCCAACUGUGACCUGGAGUGCGGCAAGCAGGACGCAGAGACCACGUACUUCUGCAACACGUGUGGGCAGCCGCUGUGUGCACGCUGCCGCGAUGAGACGCACCGGGCACGCAUGUUCGCGCGCCACGACAUCGUGGCCCUGGGCCAGCGCAGCCGCGACGUACUCCAGAAGUGCACGCUGCACGCCGAGCCCUACAUCAUGUUCUCCACCGACAAGAAGUCGCUGCUGUGCAUCCGCUGCUUCCGGGACAUGCAGGGGGAGAGCCGGGCGCACUGCGUGGACCUCGAGUCAGCCUACGUGCAGGGCUGCGAGCGGCUGGAGCAGGCGGUGCUGGCCGUGAAGGCCCUGCAGACGGCCACACGGGAGGCCAUCGCGCAGCUGCAGGCGAUGGUGGAGGAGGUGCGGCGCAGCGCGGCGGAGGAGGAGGCCGCCAUUCAUGCCCUCUUUGGCAGCAUGCAGGACAAACUGGCCGAGAGGAAAGCGCUCUUGCUGCAGGCGGUGCAGAGCCAAUACGAAGAGAAGGACAAGGCCUUCAAGGAGCAGCUCUCCCACCUGGCCACUCUCUUGCCCACCCUGCAGGUUCACCUGGUCAACUGUUCAUCCUUCCUCAGCCUGGCCAAUAAGGCUGAGUUCCUGGACCUGGGCUAUGAGCUGUUGGAGAGGCUGCAGGGCAUCGUCACGCGGCCGCAGCGCCUCCGGCCAGCGCAGAAUAGCAAGAUCGCCAGCGACUACCGCGCCGAGUUCGCGCGCUGCCUGGAGCCGCUGCUGCUGCUGGGGCCGCGCCGGGCGCCGGGGGCCGGGGCCGCCCCCAACACGCUAGCAGCGAGCUCAGGCCCCAACGUGCUGAUGGGGCCCAGCUGCCCUUCCCCAGCGGGAAAGAUGCUGGGGUCACUAAUCCAAAAGCCCACGCUGCACCGGUCCAUCAGCACCAAGGUGCUGCUGGCCGAGGGUGAGGAUACACCCUUUGUGGAGCACUGCCGCCACUAUGAGGACUCCUACCGGCGCCUGCAGGCAGAGAUGCAGAACUUGAAGGACCAGGUACAGGAACUGCACCGGGACCUCACCAAACACCACUCGCUCAUCAAGGCGGAGAUCAUGGGAGACAUUCUGCACAAGUCCGCACAGGUGGACGCGCAGAUCGCCUUGGAGUACGCCUCCCUGGAGGGGAUGAGAGCGGUCUUCCAGGAGAUUUGGGAGGAAUCCUACCAGCGGGUAGCUAACGAGCAGCAGAUCUACGAAGCCCAGCUCCGUGACCUUCUCCAGCUGAAGCAGGAGAAUGCCUACCUGACCAGCAUCACCAAGCAGAUCACGCCCUAUGUCCGCUCCAUUGCCAAGGUGAAGGAGCGACUGGAGCCCAGGCUUCAGGUGCCUGCGGGGGAACAGCUGGACCACCUACAGAACACACACGAGGAGGACGUCGGUGCUGAGACCCAGGCCAGGAAUGACCCGGUGAGUGUCGCAGAGAAGAGAGAGAAGACGUCAGAACCCAGAGGGAACAGCCGGACUCCAAACAGCCUCAAAGAAGAGCCUCCAUUGAAAAACAAAGACCCUCAUAGACCCAAACCGAAAAACGGGGGCGAGGGCCCAACACAGAGAGAGCGCCCGGCUUAGCAAACGGGACUGGUCCGGAGGGGUGGGCAUUUCACAGCACGCAGGUCAAGACUGGGAUAUUUAAGAAAGGUUAUUCCCACCAGGUAUGUCAUAAGGGGUAAUCACCAAUCAGCGGAAAAACCCAGACAUUCCGACUGGUCCUAAUCUCAGAUUCUUUGGCUUAAGUUUCACUCUUCCCUGUGUUUGCACUGCAUGAAGUCUCAGUCCUCCUCAUGGGGACUGGGGGCGAUGCCCCAGUCCGCCUGGAAAGAGUGAACACGUGAGCGUGCCCUGCGAGCCCCUCGCUGGCCUGGCACCUCCUUCGCGGGAGCGCCAGGCCCUGCCCCCGUCAGGGGCCGUGCUCAGACAGCCCUGCCGUGCCUGCCUCCCAAGAAUUCAGGGUGUCCUGAGCCACGGCCCCGCUGGGAAGUUCCAGCUGGUAAUCUGAGCACUGACUCAGCAAAAGGGAAAACUGUCACUCCCGUUUUCUCCUGUCAAGGAAGGACUGAGCUGCCAGGGCAAAGGAGAGGCGGCCGGUGGCACGGGCUGCAGGAGAGGGUCAGUACAACUUCCCCACAACUUUCUGCUGCUUCUCCAGACAACGGUCACUCUCGUGUUCACCUUCUACUGGUAUUACUAAAGGACUCAGAAUCCUUUCUCCAGAAAUUCCUACUCCUACAUGGUGUCCUUUCUAUCAAGCGUAAUUUCAUAAAUGCUUUAAAGAGGAAAAUUAACCCAGAUGACCUAAAAUUUUAAGUUUUGGAGUUAAAAUGUCCACGCAGUCACAUUUGAAGGAAAUAUCCAGCUCGAUGUGGUGGUUUAAACAGCAAACGGAUGGGGCGCCUGGCUGGCUCAGUCGGUUAAGUGUCCAACUUUGGUUUGGCUCAGGUCAUGAUCUUGCAGUUCAUGAGCUCAAGUCCCGCGUUGGGCUGUGCAUUCGGUGGUAUGGAGCAUGCCUGGGGUUCUCUCUUUCCCUUUCUCUCUGCCCCUUCCCCACCUGCACUCUCCCUCUCUCUCUCAGAAUAGAUAAAUAAACUUAAAAAAAAAAAAAAAACAAAAAAAACAACCACCAAAAAACGAACAGCAAAUGGCUUCCAUGUGCCAGGUAGGGCAGCACAUCAAUCCGUGAAAAUGUCACGUCAACAUCCACCGUUCUGCCCCUGCGUUCAGAGCACUGGUUUCCUCAUUCCAAAGCCUAAACCCAUGGGAGCCUAAAAGGCAGGAGGAACUCGUCACAACAAACUGGCUACAGAUUAGAACUGAAGACUGAAUUGAAGGGGCAAAACACAUCUGGUUUUAUGCUGUAGGUCCCGGACAUUUCUUAGCCAGUGAUGACGUGAUCUUAGAGUUCCUACAUCCCACACAAUCACGCUACCGCUCAUAGUGAAAUCAAGUACAGUUUUAUUUAAGAAUUGGAAAUAAUCAGUAUCUGUGAAAGAAAAUCCAAUUUAAAAUAUUUAAAUAAACAUU